GAAUGUUUUUUUCUACAGGGUCAAGUCAUGAACAUUGAGGCAGGGUGAGGGAGACAUGGCCCUUUUCAAUCCAAACUCUGUACAGGUUGUUUCUCUUGAGUUCAGAGGCACUCAUCAACAAGAAGUCAGGGUGGGGGAUGGGUGGCAUUAAACAGUGCACUGGCUAACUCAGGGUGGGGGAUGGGUGGCAUUAAACAGUGGACUGGCUAACUCUGAAACCUCUGCUGCAUUCAAGGAAAUUGUGUAACUACCAGUACACUAGUUACACUCAACAUCAAAUCUGAACCCUGUCUUUUUAAAUAUAAAUUUCACACUGUGUUAAAAAGUGCAUAACAAUUUCCUUAAAAGCCAUUACAUUAGCAAUUUUUUGAAAGAAAUAUCUUUAAUCUAUUAAAACAUGGAGAUCUGCACGCAGUUCUCAACUUUCCCAGUGCUCCUGAAAGCAACAUCAGUACACUCAACAAGGGGAUUCACGCAGCUGCAGAGCAUCGGAGAAGCAGAUGGAAACUGUUUCAGUGUUUGGAACCAGAAAAAAGUCUGCAACUAAACCAGAUAAUGAGCAGAAGGAAGAAGAACAGGAAGAGAUAAUGGAGCUUUCUGCUUCAGAUGACUUUCUCUCAGACUCCAGCCAUGAUUUGGACAGUGAUUAUAUUCCAUUAGCUCCUCCUUCCUCAGAGAAUGAACUAACCUCUUCACAGUCUAAGCUCAUGAAGACACAUGAUGCAUUAAAAAACCCUGGCAAAACCUCUCUCAGCCAAAGCUAUGUUCAUGAACAGAAGACACUGAUGGACAGUGGUAAAAGUAACGAAGCUCUGGACAUGGAUUGCAAUAAAGAUACUGAGGAAGAAAAUCCGGAGGAAUAUGAAGAUGAUGAAGGUAGGUCAUGUGUUACCGUUAAAACUUGCACUAAAGGAGACAAAAGAAAGUAUGACAAAAGGCAGUAUUGUGUUUACUGUCAAAAACCACUUAGCAAAAUGGCACGACAUUUGAUCCGUAAACAUGGCAAUGAAAAAGUUGCCCAAGCAACAUGUCUGCCAAAAAAUUCAAAGAAACAGCAGCAAAUAUUUGAGCUACUGCGCAGGAAGGGGAAUUACUACCACAAUGUUAAAGUGCUGCAGGAAGGAAAGGGUGAGAUAGUGACCUACAGAAGGCCAACAGAACAAGUAGAGGCAGAAAAUUAAUUACCACGCAACCUUUGUUUUGGAUUCUGUUCUAAAGUCGACCUGUGAAGACACGCAAAGCAGUGUCAAAAAGUUACAGGACAUUCGGACAAUUCCCAAAAGAAGCGCAGAGUUCAGUCUGCUGCAGUGGCUCUUCUGCCAUCCAGAGGACACUGCUCACGAAGAUGUUCCAACAUCCUCAGCAGGUUGAUGGUUGAUGAAGUGUCAGCUCAGGUCAAAAAUGACCCACUCAUCUGUGAACUGGGAGAAUGACUCCUUGAGAAGUAAGGAGGAGAUAAAUCCAGAGAUGGCCAUGUCAGCCAGAAGGAAAGAGUGGUUGGGAGAUUUGUUUUGGCAGCUAAAUCUUAGGACUGCAAAAUCAACAGACUUGAAGACAUCCUGGUACCACCCAAAUUUUCAUUAGCUGUGGCAGCAGCAAAUAAAGCAUCUGGUUUUACCAAACACAAGUACAGAUACGCAACACCAUCACUUGCAGUUAAGUUGGGACAUUCUCUGAAGGCAGCACGUGAGGUUCUGAUUGGACGGCACAUACAGGCUGAAGAUGAAUCAGCUACAACCAGAGUAAAGAACUUCUCAUCACACUUGGCUUCAGAGUGGAACAUCUUUGUAUGCCACUGUGCAAGAACAAACUUGGAAGAGGAAAAAUGGAACAAGAAAGAAAUGAUCCCACUGACAGAAGAUCUGAUGAAGCUUCAUAAAGUGCUGAAGGCUUCAGAGGAGGAAGCAAAGCAGAAACUAUUGGAAGGACCAAACCCCAUGGCUUACAAGACACUCAGUGAAAGUCUUCUCACACAGAUCAUUCUGUUUAACAGACGGCGGCAGGACGAGGCAUCAAAAAUACCUCUGCUGACCUACAGAGACAGACUGUCUGAAGAACCAAAUGAGGAUAUGAUGAAGUAACUCUCAAAAUUGGAACAGGAUCUGAGUCACAAGUUAACGAGGCUGGUGGUCCGAGGUAAAAGGGGUCAAAAAGUGCCAGUGCUACUUACAAGUGAGAUGACAGUCUAUAGAUUUUCUCAUUGCCCAGAGGAGUAAGGAAAAUGAAAUUUUGGAGAGCAAUAAAUACGUCUUUGCGAGACAAAAAUCAGACUGUCAUAUUCGAGGUUUAGACUCUUUAAGGAAGUUUUCAUCUAAAAGUGGGGCAAGAAGACCGAAGACCCUCACAUCCACUCAGCUGAGGAAGCAUGUGGCCACUCAGAUAAUGAACCUGAAAGACAAUGAAUUGGAUCAGCUGGCUAAGUUCAUGGGGCACGAUAUUCGUGUACAUCGUGAAUACUACAGGCUAACAGAAAACACACUUCAGCUGGCCAAAGUCAGCAAGCUCCUGAUGGCAAUGGAGCUGGGAACAGAAAUGUACAAGGGCAAAUCUCUGGAUGAGAUUGAUAUGAGCUUAGAAAGUGAGCAUAUUUUAGAUGACUUAUUUGAAAUUCAACUAAAUUAAAGCAUAAAAUUAGAACCUUCUGUUUUUAUUUUAACAGUUGAUUUGCCUGGAAAAGAACCUACACACGCACCACUAGUCAGUCUAAGUGAUUACGAAGUCCAACCUGAGGAUGCUUCUGAGCAGGCUGAUGAUUCAGAUGGUACAAGAUAACAUGAUGACCAUGUGUUCAGUCACAUUUCAAAUGAAUAGUCAAUAGUUUGAGAUACUAUUUCAAAUUGUGUAUAUGUGGCAGAAAUAUAGUGCCACAGAGAAAAAAAUUAUUUGUAUUUUUCUUAUGUUCUUUCUGUGUUUCUUUUCGAGUUCCAUUUUUCUGAUCUUAUCUCAUACAGAGUAGCAAAGUUUCUGUUUUACCUUAUGUUGCUGACAGUUUUGGGUACUUCCUGUCACCUUCGGGAAGUAGCUGAAACUGUCAGCAAAAUAAGCUAAAAACAGAAACUGUGCUACUCUGUGUAUGAUAAGAACAGAAAAAUGGAACUAAACAAUUUGUAGAAUUGAAAACAUUUUUUGCUUAGUGACCAACUGUAACAGUUCUCGUUGAUCUUCAGUU